AAUAAAAAAAAUCUUAUAAUAUUGUCGUUAUUAUACUCUUAAUAUCCAUUCUUAGAAUUCAUUUUAGCUCAUUUCUUUUGUAAAACACCCGAACUCCAAACUUGAGAAAAGAUAGAGACGGACAAAGUAGACCAAUAAUUGCAUUGAUGUUGGAGCGUAUGCACCUAUUAUUUAUUUUUGCGGCCUACUACUACUGGGAUCACAUUUUAUUUAUUUAUUUAUGAAAAAGUCUAAGAACGAGCAACUUUUUCAAAUUCUUAAUAUAUAUAUAUAUAUUUUUUUUUUUUUCUUUUUGUUUUGCUCUGUUCCCAUUUUAGCUUCUAGUUACCUCACUGCCUCCCGCACCGCGUGUUUCUCGCCAAAGCUCUCCACACAAAACACACAAAUCAUUCUCUGAUUCCAUGGCUGAUUCCUCCGCCGCAACACUCCGCCGCCACAACUCCAUGGUGGCGCCACCGCCCAGCAAACUCUCCGUCCCCCACCGCACAUCAAGCUUGGACUCUCCCCACACCAAUCAGACCUUCGAGCUGGUCUCUUUCAACGCCAACUCAACUUCUUCCUCCUUCUACACCUCCCUCAGAGACGUCCUCCCUUCCUCCUCCUCCUCCGCCGUCAAUUCCCCCACCGCCGCCUCCUCCUCCUCCAUCUCCAUCCGCAACCGCCUUGUCAAGCAUGCUGCCUGGGCUUACCUCCAGCCCAUGUCCAGCUCCCCAUCCUCCUCCUCCUCCGCCUCAUCCACUCGCUUCCUCCGCCGCUUCUCCGCCUGUCUCGGCUCCCUCUUCCGCCGCAUCGCCAAAAUCUUUGACCGUAUACUCCUUGCUUUCAGAAGCUUACUAAGCAAAACAUCAUAACGCUUCAAUCUCAGAAGCCCAGUAAGCCCAUGCUUCAGGAUACCAAUCUAAAUAUUUGUUUUGCCAGUAAAAUUUCAAUUUUGUUUUUUCAGGUUUUUAAGUGUGAUUCAUUAUAAUUAUUUACUUUUAAAAUGUUUUAUUUAAUCUUUGAAAUUAAGUUUUAUAAUUCAAUUUAAUCCUUUUACAAUAUAAUAUUUGUAAAGGGACUAAGUUGAAUCACCAAAUAUAAUCUCAGGAUUAAAUUAAACAUUUUAAAAAAUGUAAAAGUAAAUUGAAUCAUAAACAAAAUUGAAGAUUUACUCCUUGUUUUGCUUUUUUCUAUGCUUGAAAAAUAGCAUAUGUAGCUUGGUCUGUACAAUUUUUAUUUUAUUCUUUUUCUUUUUUUAAAUUUGGCAAGCGGUGGCUCUCAAUUGUUGUGGCCUCCAAGCGUAAAGAAUAAAAGAAAUGAAAAGAAUAAUCAAUUGAUGU